AUGGAGUCUUCCGAGCCUGAGAAAAGGCGCUACAUAAUACGGAAUAAAGACAUCUUCGAGCCGUAUGCGCCUCCAUACCAUCUGCCCUUUCCUACAGGCGCGCGACUCACCGCUUAUGAGCUGUUGGCCUUCUUACCAAAUAGCCUGCGAUCUCCAGACAUCGUAUACCGCUUUGCUUCCAACGGGGCCUCCCGCCGCGCUAUAUGGACCAUCGUAAACUCAGCCCGGGAUCUCCAAAAAGAGUGGACGCCCAAUCAAUGCGGAUCGAUUCUUGCACAAGUCAUGAACCGGGCAGGGUUCGAGGGCUGGGUGAUUACAGCACAUUGGGAUUGGCACAGUGCUCUGAAAAACACCUGGGACGAAUCUAACCUGGAGGUUACCGGCUUCAAGACACUGGGUAAACAACAGGAAGCCGACGAUCUGGACAAGAACCGGCAUGUUCCUUUCAAGGACUUAGCUGUGUCGGUUCGUAGAUGGCCACAAGGCGACGAGGCACUUGACUUGACUAGGAUGGUCAAGCACUGCGUCGAGAAUCCGGAUGAGCUGUGGCUGUACCCACAGGACUACAGCCGACUGUUGUCUAUCGUUGGCGGGCCUGCACCAGCUGGGCGUGGACAUAAAGACCGCCAGAUCUUCAUGCGCUGGGAGGACGUCAAGCCAGCUCAACCUCGAACAUGGUCCGCGACAGAAAUGGAAGCAGCAAAGAACAUUCUGGAGACAAGGAAGGAGAGCAAGAGCAAGGGAGAUGCGAAGUUGAAAACGCCAAACUUGCAGAGACAAGCAGAGAGCAAGGGCAAAGGAAUUGCGAAGCUAGAGACACAAAAGUUUCGUACACAAACAAGUGAACCGAUGCCCACUGCGGCACUCCCCGCAGCACUCCCCGCAGCACUCCCCGCAGCACUCCCCGCAGCACUCCCCGCAGCAUCGACUGCAACACCGAUCGCAACACCGACCACAACACCGACCACAGCACCUCACAUGGGCAGAGAAAGGCCAAAGAAACGCCCUAGACUCGACGACAUGGCGCUGAAGGAAGCGACAAAUAAAGGAGAAAGGGAAGCUCACGUCGAGCACGACGCACCACCUCCAGCUAAGCAUUACACACCUGCUUCCGCCAAGUAUGUUGCACCUCCUACAGAAGCGACAGCCCCAGACGAAGCUGUAGUCCUUCGUGCUUUCAAUGCGGAAUGCAUGGCCGGCGAAACCGAUAUGUUCAGUGCCUAUGCUUUCGGCGGGCCGCGCAAGCAGCUACCUUACCGGAUGCUGCACAACAUCGAGCAGCCUGACAAAGGAGAUUUCAGUGGUUGGGCGGAGAACCUGAGAUGGGCAUUCGAGCAACGCGCUUGCUUCUACCACGCGAUGCAGACCGAAGGGUGGAACGAGAGCCCCGCGCACCUCGAAUUCAUCGCGCAGACGAGGCAGAAGCAGGUAUGGGCGUCAGAGGAGUUGCUGGAACAGAUCAUGGAGGAAGAGGGAGAGGAAGAAGAGGAUGAGGAGUAG